UCAUGUCGUACCUUUAGAGAAUAUUUCUACACGCAGUACGCUCCUGUGUUUCAGACCAGUGUGGUGCUCAGAGUCUCCAGUCUGCCUCUGGUUCGCUCCGCGCUGCAGUCGGUGACCUCAGCGUACUCGGAGGUCAAAGGUCGUUACCCUCUGCUGCGUCUGAUGGGGGGGGUUGCCGAGGUUGGCGUUCGCAGCGUCUCCAGUGUCGCAAUGACGAGAGCCACGCCCCUCCUGCAGAGUCUGGAGCCGCAGAUGGAAGUUGCCAACAGUUUCGCUCUCGUUAGUCUCGACCGUCUGGAGAAAAACUUCCCCAUCCUGAACCAAUCAACAGACGAGGUCAUGGGUCACCUGAAGGACGCCUUCUUCCUGACGCUGGACGACGUGCAGCUGUGGGUGGUGGACGGUCUGGACGUAGCUCUGGAUCAGCUCGAGCGUCUUUCUGAUGGCGCUCUGGCGGUCGUGCGGUUGCUGCAGGACACUCAGGCGGGCCGCGCUGCCACAUCAGGACUGGAUGAUGUGCUGAGUCGUCUGGAAGAAGCCACCGCCUACUACCUGCCGCUGCCACCCACAAUGCGUCGAGAGUGGGAGAUGAGGGUGCAGGAGCUGGAAGAUGAAGACGAGGAUGAGCCCAGUCUGUGGACGAGGGUCCGCAGCCUCCUGCUGAACCUCAGCCUGCAGCUUUAUCACCGCAUGAUGAAGGUCAGAGAGCAGCUGCAUAAAGCUGCCAGGACGCUGGGAGAUACUGCCGACAAGGUCGGUCUAAGUGCGGUACUGGAACUUGCCGGGGAGUUACUGCAGUACCUGCAGCAUCUCCUGAUGGCGCUGGUGUACCGUGCAGAGGGAGUCCGGGAGCUGACGCUGAGCAGGGUCAGAGCUCAGGCCGUCAUGCUGGUCGAGCUGCGUCCCGUACGUCAGAUCAUAGCGCUGCCGGAACAGAUUCAGCAGCUGCUGGGAGACCUGCAGGAGCUCGCCAAGAUUCUGCUGCAGGUGGUGAUCAACGCCACGCCGCUCUACAACAUGCUCCAGCAGCCGUCUGCUCAGGAGGUGGAGGACUUCCUGAACCAGGAGGACUUUGCAGCCGAAAAUUCAUCUGGUCGCAACUCUACUAACAGUCUCUUCCUGAAGGCGAUGGACGGACGUCCCCGUCGCCGCCGAAGUCUCUACUCCCGCAGCGGCAGAGGCUCCGCUGGCCCCCAGAGCCCCGACCAGCCCAAUGGCCGCCGCCGCUCCAGCCUGAAGGACCCUACCGCCACGGAAGUGGAUGGCCAGCCUCUCCCUUCCGAGGGCACCAACAACCGCCGGCCAUCUGCCACCGAGCUGCUCCUCGCUCCGCUCAAACAGUUCGUCUCUCAGAGCCAGAAGGCCUUCGAGUACCUGAGCCCCACCUCCCCCGAGACCCCCGAGAUCCCCGAGACCCCCGAGAUCCCCGACGACGACGACAACGGCAUGCCUCUGGUCGACUGUUAAACGCCAUGCUGAGGUCUCUGAUCCACGCCAAACCACCGCCGUCAGUCCCGCCCCCCGACCAAUUACAGCCUCCCGUGUCAGUCCCCGAUGAUGAGACGUUUCUGCCUCAGCUGGUGUUGGU